AAGGUGGCUGUUCUGAGAAUGGUCUUCGAAUGGCUGGGCACCUCAUGGCCAAAGUACUUGAGUUGCAAUAUAAAACUUGGAACACAGCUCAGAUCGUGCCAUAGUUUAGGACAAACAUUUGGAUUAUGCGGAGUUUGCGGAUUGUGUUAUUUGUGGUGGUGGCAUUUGAGGCUUUGGCGAUUGUCACUGCCAAGGGACGCUCGAAGAAAGUUAAUACAAUUCCCAAAGCAGUGCCCAUCUAUCGUUCCAUCGAAGUGCAAUCAAAUGUCGAGGAUAUUAGUGAAAUACCAAUUAUACCAAGUUCGGAUGAAAUAACCGUGCAAUCGGAUAAAACUGUGGACAAUGAAGGACGUCUGUUUAAACACUUUCUGCUAUUCAAGAAAUUGGGUAGCUCAGGUUCAGGUGGUGGUGGUGGCAAUAAUAUGGUACCCUAUGUCAUUGUCAAUUCUCCGGCCACGUUGACAAAUGUCAAUACCAACAAUGGAGCAGCUGCCCCCACCACAACGACAACAACAGGUGGCGGUACAGGCACUGGAACUGGUACGGGAACGGGUACUGGAACCGGAACAGGCACUGGUGGAGGUGGUACAGGUGGUGGUGGCACAGGGGGUGGCGGAACAGGUGGUGGUGGCACCGGUGGUGGAGGUAAUGGUGAUGGCGGAACUGGAGGAGGAGGAGGAGGAGCAGGUUUACGCUUGGGUUAUAUGCGUGUACCCAUACCAUCGCCCAUCUAUAGUAGACCAUAUUUACCAAGAAUUGUUUAUGGCCCACCUCCGCAGGCAAUCCGACGCAGAAAUCGCAAAAGGCGAGUGUCGAAAAAUCCAUUUUCAGCAUUUGCCAAUAGUUUGAAGAGGAUACAGUAUUUUUGA